GCCCAGGACCUGGGUCUGUGGUGGGGCCAAGGUGGACUCUAGGCUUGGGGGCCAAGUCGUUAGGAUAGAGCUUGGGUCCAGCGUACAGCUGCUAAGUCGAGGCAUGGGAUGGGGCUUGCCAGUGACUGACGGAAUGGAAGAGCUAUGCCUGGGGGCGUGGAGAUACACUAAUGAUUGGCAGAAAAGCCUGGGCCGGGCUAGGAGCAAGGAGGCCUGUGCCCACUUUGGGAUGGGGCGGAGCCUGUCUGAGACAUGCCCAAUCCCAGGAUGCGGGCUCCAGGUGCGGGUUCGGCCUCCGUGGCCUCACUGGUGCUGCUGUGGUUGCUCGGACUGCCGUGGACCUGGAGCACAGCGGUGGCGCUCGGCGUGUACGUAGGCGGCGGCGGAUGGCGUUUUCUGCGCAUCGUCUGCAAAACCGCGAGGCGGGACCUCUUCGGCCUCUUCGUGCUGAUGCGCGUGCGCCUGGAGCUGCGGUGGCACCAGCGCGCCCGCCACACCAUCCCGCAGAUCUUCCAGGAGGUGGUACGGCGGCAGCCUGAGCACCUGGCGCUGGUGGACGCGGGCAGUGGCGUGUGCUGGACCUUCGCGCAGCUGGACGCCUACUCCAAUGCCGUGGCCAACCUAUUCUGCCAUCUGGGCUACACGCCAGGCGACGUGGUGGCCAUCUUCCUGGAGGGCCGGCCUGAGUUUGUGGGGCUGUGGCUGGGUCUGGCCAAGGCGGGCAUGGAGGCCGCGCUGCUCAAUGUUAACCUGCGGCGGGAGCCCCUGAUCUUCUGCCUGGGCACCUCGGGCGCCAAGGCCCUGGUCUUCGGACGGGAGCUGGCAGCGGUGGUGGCCGAGGUGAGUGGACAGCUGGGCAAGAGCCUGGUCAAGUUCUGUUCUGGAGACAUGGGGCCCGAGGGUGUCUUGCCGGACAUCCAGCUCCUGGACCCGCUGCUGAAGGAGGCCUCCACAGCCCCCCUAGCCCAGCCCCCUGGCAAGGGCAUGGAUGAUCGACUCUUCUACAUCUACACAUCAGGGACCACAGGGCUGCCCAAGGCUGCCAUCGUCGUACACAGCAGGUACUACCGCAUAGCGGCAUUUACCCACCACUCCUACAGCAUGCAGGCGGCAGAUGUGCUCUACGACUGUCUGCCCCUGUACCACUCGGCAGGGAACAUCAUUGGCGUGGGUCAGUGUCUCAUCUACGGGCUGACUGUGGUCCUCCGCAAGAAGUUUUCAGCCAGCCGCUUCUGGGAUGACUGCGUCAAGUACAACUGCACGGUGGUCCAGUACAUCGGGGAGAUCUGCCGCUACCUGCUGAAACAGCCGGUGAGCGAGGCAGAAGGGCGGCACCGCGUGCGCCUGGCGGUGGGCAACGGGUUGCGGCCAGCCAUCUGGGAGGAGUUCACGGAGCGCUUCGGCGUGCGCCAGGUCGGCGAGUUCUACGGAGCCACCGAGUGCAACUGCAGCAUCGCCAACAUGGACGGGAAGGUCGGCUCCUGUGGCUUCAACAGCCGCAUCCUGCCCAAUGUGUACCCCAUCCGACUGGUGAAGGUCAAUGAGGACACCAUGGAACUACUGCGGGAUGCCCAGGGCCUCUGCAUCCCAUGCCAGGCCGGGGAGCCCGGCCUCCUCGUGGGCCAGAUCAACCAGCAAGACCCUCUGCGUCGCUUCGAUGGGUACAUCAGCGAGAGUGCCACGAGCAGGAAGAUCACCCACAGCGUCUUCCGCAAGGGUGACAGCGCCUACCUCUCAGGUGUGCAGACCCUGGGGGCUGGCCGUAGGGAUGGCAGGUCGCCGUCUUACCUCCCCCUCUCCUCUCUGCCAGGUGACGUGCUGGUGAUGGAUGAGCUGGGCUAUAUGUACUUCCGGGACCGCAGCGGGGACACCUUCCGCUGGCGUGGGGAGAACGUCUCCACCACUGAGGUGGAGGGCGUGCUGAGUCGCCUGCUGGGCCAGACAGAUGUGGCCGUGUACGGGGUGGCCGUGCCAGGGGUGGAGGGCAAAGCAGGCAUGGCGGCCAUUGCGGACCCCCACGGACAGCUGAGCCCCAAUGCCCUGUACCAGGAGCUGCAGAAGGUGCUGGCACCCUACGCACGGCCCAUCUUCCUGCGCCUCCUGCCCCAGGUGGACACCACAGGCACCUUCAAGAUUCAGAAGACGAGGCUGCAGCACGAGGGCUUCGACCCACGCCAGACCUCAGACCGGCUCUUCUUCCUGGACCUGAAGCAGGGCCACUACCUGCCUCUGGAUCAGGGUGUCUACACCCGCAUCUGUUCGGGCGCCUUCUCCCUCUGACGCUCUUCCUCGGCCCACCAGAGACUUUGCACCAGGCCCAGCAAGCGAGGGGGGCUUGAGCCAGACAGCCCUGCCCUGUCCUGGGGGCAGAGAAACUGGAUCCCGGGAGGAGCCUGUAUUUCCCGCCUUCACCCUCCUCCUCUCCCCCUCUGGUUGCCCGCUGCCUGUCUUCCACUCCUGUGUCUGUGUGUGUGUCUGUCUCUGCGCCCUGCUUCUCGGCCUCCCUCCUGCCCCUGACUGCCCUCACCUCUCUCCUCCAUCUUUCCUCCCCUGCCCUCUUCCUGCCGAAAGUAGAACAGACAUUUCCUGGGAGCUGGGGUCUGUGCGGAGGCCCAGCUGCCUUGGGGGCCUCCGCGGGUCCUCCCCACUGGGUGGUAAACCCGAGUGGGGCCUCUCCACCUCCCUCUCAGCUGUGCCUUAACAAGGCCCACCCAGCCCAGACCUCCCUAGGCUGCUAGAUUCCUGGACGUUGUAGCACUGCAUGAGCUCCAGGCAGGCCCUCCACUCUCCUUGCGGAACUGAGGAGCCGGGGGUGUCUGCCUGGCCAGCCCGCGAGUAGGGGGGCCUCGGCCAGGGGUGCAGGUCAACGGGAAAUCUCUCCCCGGCCGGGCCAAUUGCCUUUUGCACUUCCUAUCCCUGGUGGGUCUCCCUUGCCUUGCCUGCCCUUCCUGAUACCCCAGAAACUUCUGGAACUGACUGUGACCACUUGGAUGUUUCCCCUGCCCAGAUGUCCCUGUUCAGGCGUCUCCCCUGAAGAUGGCUCUGGGUGGCUGCUCAGCCUACUGCUCAGAUGCUCACCCUGGCAGAGGCCUCUUGGGGAUUCUACCUGGUGUGGCUGCUGGAGGGACACACGGGAGUGGCAGCAGUGGGGUUGCGAGAAGCCUCCAGGCCAGGGGUGGCAUCUGAGAUGGCCUCUUGGGCCUCAGGCAUUCCAGCCUAUUGAAUGUCCCGCUAGCCUUGCUAGUGACAGCUCGGACCCUGGGUUGGUGACAUCCCGAGACAACCCUGCCAGGACGGCUCGGACAUCCCCAUCAGCUUCGUCGAUGGCUCAGCCUGGACACCCACCGUUGGGGCCUGCCACCCAAACUGCCCCUCUGUCCCUGCCCCCGGCAGCACCGUCCCGCACCUAGAACAGCAAGGCCAGUAGCAGGUGACCCCAUGCUGUUUUGCACGGGCCUUUCUAAGCACUGAGAUUUUGUUUCCUAGCUGAAUUUAAGAAAUAAACCUAAAAAAAAAAAAAAAUAAACCUGCAGAGUGUCUGGUGCCUGAUGGGAACUCAGUCACUCACCGUUUGUCCCCACGUGGCCCAGAACCCUGUCAGUUUCAGGCCUCUCACCGGGGAACACACAGUCACCAGACAUG